UCUCAUGCCCCGCGCGGCCCCCGAGCUUCGGGACCGGCCCCGGCUUUUGGGAUCGCCUUUGGGAUCGGCCCGGGGCUCCGGGAUCAGCCCCGCGUUCGGGAUCGGCUGUGGGAUCGGUUUUAGGAUCCCCCCCGAGCUUUAGGAUCGGCCGCGGGAUCGGCCCCAGGUCCCCGCGGCCAUGACGCCGUACCGGCAGGAGCUGGAGAAGUACCGCGACAUCGACGAGGACAAGAUCCUGCAGGAGCUGUCCCCGGAGGAGCUGGCGCAGCUGGACGCCGAGCUGGCCGAGAUGGACCCCGAGAACGUGCUGCUGCCCGCGGGGCUGCGCCAGCGCGACCAGACCCUCAAGAGCCCCACGGGACCCCUGGACCGGGACGCGCUCCUGCAGCACCUGGAGCGGCAGGCGCUGGAGGCCGAGGAGCGCCAGGACCUCGUGCCCUUCACCGGCGAGAAAAAAGGGAAGCCGUUUGUCCCCAAGGCGGCGGCGCCGGCGCUGCCGCGGGAGGAGCAGGUGACGCUGGAGCCCGAGCUGGAGGAGGCGCUGGCCAACGCCACCGAGGCCGAGAUGUGCGACAUCGCCGCCAUCCUGGGCAUGUACACGCUGAUGAGUAACAAGCAGUACUACGAUGCCAUCUGCAGCGGGAACAUCUGCAACACCGAGGGCAUCAACAGCGUGGUGCAGCCGGACCGGUACCGGCCGGUGCCGGACGAGCCCCCGAACCCCACGGAUGUGGCCGAGACGCUGCGGCGGCUGCAGGACAACGACCCCGCGCUGCAGGACGUCAACCUCAACAACAUCAAGGACAUCCCUGUCCCCACGCUGGAGGCCAUCUGCCAGGCCAUCAAGACCAACACCCACGUGCGCAGCCUCAGCCUGGUGGCCACGCGCAGCAACGACCUGGUGGCCAACGCGGUGGCCGAGAUGCUGGAGCAGAACCGGAGCCUGCAGAGCCUCAACCUCGAGUCCAACUUCAUCACCAGCGCGGGGAUGCUGCGGCUGCUGGCGGCCAUCGGCCACUGCCCCACGCUGAGCGAGAUCCGCGUGGACAACCAGUGCCAGCGCCUGGGGGACACGGUGGAGAUGGCCAUGGCAGCCACGCUGGAGCAGUGCCCGUCCCUGCUGCGCUUUGGCUACACCUUCACCCUGCAGGGCCCGCGGGCGCGCGCCGCCGCCGCCCUCACCCGCAACAACGAGCUGCGUCGCCAACAGAAGAAAUCCUAAAAUUCCCCCAUGCCCGCACUGAGCUCAGGAAUAAAGGGAAUAAAGUGGAGAAAUGGUC